AUGGCACGUCUGCCUAUACGUGUAUUAUCUGUAUUAAAUGGUCCAAUAAGUAUAAAAAAUAUUUCUGAACAAGCUGGGGUGUACGUACACCUCAAUAAGCGCAUGCAUGCAAUAAAAGAGCAAUUGUUUGGGUAUGCAAAGGGGAAAACAGGAGAAAUUAGUUGGUUAAAACCAUUAAAAGGAAAAGAAUUAUUAAAUUAUUAUUGGCCUAGUAAAUAUGAUCUACCAGACUUCCAAAUGGAACAAUACCUACAAAUGCAGGCGUUACGUUAUGCCCCUAAAAAGACUCACCCUUCCCUAACCUCUCUUGCGGGUUUAAUUCAUUUAUUAAUAAAAAAAAAAAAAAUUAUACAAACCCUAAUGCAGCAAUUAGAUAAACCCUUAAUUCAUGAGAACCCUACACUACAAGAUUUACUCGCGUUAUAUAGAUCUCUUUUCUCUGAUGAUCCUCUGAAGAAAAUUUAUCCAGAAGAAAAAAGUUGGCGAUGGACAGACAACAUGAAGCCAGAAACGCUUCUUUCCUUAUUGGAGUUAUCCGCCAAGAGGAGAGGAAAAGUUGACGAAGAAUUUAAUUCAAUUCUUCAGCAGGCUAAUAAUUGCUCGUAA